AUGAGCUCUACAAGGACCAUCUCAGAGGCGAAGCUUGCCUUUCUUCGCGACCAGGUUCGCGUGCUCUCUGCACCACUCGAGCCGUCUCCCGACUGGCGCGAGUACGGCCCUAUAGUCGAGGACGAUAUUGGCGACAAGUUCAUUAACGAGGCGUUACAAAAAUUGAACACGGUACUGAAGCAGCAUAACCGCACUGUCUUCUCGACGCAGGCAAUACACCAUGUCUCCCAGCAAAUCGAGCGUCUUUACUGGAACUCUAUCGGUCCUGACCUCGGCGAAGAGAAUGCUCGACAACUUGACAUCGACAAGGGUGCCGACCUGACGAAUACCAGGAAUAUUUCUCGAUUGCCGGAUGAAUGGCCUGAGGAGGGGAUGAGUGAGGAGGAUAAAUCUAGAUACGAUCUACUUCGGGAACGACUUAUCAAGCUUGAUGCGGAACGCAAGAGACGAGAGGACCGGCUGUUGCAAUAUAAGCGGCUCAAAGGCCUACUGGAGCCGUUCGAAGAUCCGCUGAAUACCAUCCAGCCUAACCUUGCCACGAGGGAUGGCGAGCUUGGAGCAGAAUUGGAUCGUAUGAGAAUGCUGUUGGCCAAGGUGGCAAGCAAAGUUGGGCGAAUCCAGAGCGUCAGCUCCAGCUCUGAGCAAGUGGCAGGACCCGUUAUGGACCCAGAUGAAAAACUAGCCAGGUUGCUGGAUAUGACCUGA